UUCUCAUUUUCCUCUCUGAAAAAGUCUCAUUUUCACAAUCUUCUCUAUCUCCUUUGACUCUGUUUCUCUCUCCUCGGUUUCUUUCUCGGUUUCGAGAAUUUUCCUACAGUUUCAUUUUUUUUUAGGUCCAACACAGACUAAGGUGGUUUGGUUGCUAACGUUGUACUUGCUGUCGGUUAUUCUUGAAGAGGGAGGACCUUGUGCAGACCAUUCUAUGUCUUCUGUUAAAAGUUCUUCGAACGGGCUUAAAAAUGAUGGGAUUCAGAGUCAAGGCUCUGAGAUUCUAGGCAGGUACAAUUUUGAAACACAACUGGCUCAAAGAAAUUUCAAAAGCAAUGAUGCACUCAAUCACAUCCACGACCCAGAUGCUAUGGAACUUUAUUCAAGAGUGAGGGUGCAAGAAGAGGAGAUCGUGUCUCUUCGUGAACAAAUUGCUAUUGCCUGUAUGCAGGAACUGCAGCUGUCGAUUGAGAAAUGCAAACUAGAGAGGCAGUUCUCUGAACUAAGAAUGGCAGUUGAUGACAAGCAAAAUGAAGCCAUCACAUCUGCGUCUAAUGAGUUGGCUCGAAGGAAAGGUUAUCUUGAAGAAAAUUUAAAACUUUCACAUGAUUUGAAAGCUGUAGAUGAUGAGAGAUAUAUUUUCAUGUCAUCGAUGCUUGGGUUGCUGGCAGAAUAUGGUCUAUGGCCUCGUGUUAUGAAUGCCUCUUCAAUAUCCAACUGUGUAAAGCAUUUACAUGAUCAAUUACAAUGGAAGAUUCGGAGUUCACAUGAUAGAAUUGGAGAGUUGACUUCUGUGCUAGAAAGCCAUGCCGAUAAUGGUAAUCCUGUUGUUGAAAGCCCAGGUUCGGGAAAUGUGACAAGUCACAUUCAUCAUGAAUUCAUGUUUCAGCAUAACUUCCCCCAGCAAAGUCUUUCUGGGAAUGAACUAAAUCCUCAAUCAAUGAGCAAUUUGGCAGGAUAUAUGCACCCAGUUCAUAGGGAAGUAUCUUCUUUCCCACAUGGUUCAAUUGAUAAAAUUGGAGUGCAGGACAGGACUAAAGAAAGAAAUUUUGUCAAUGGCAAGUCGUAUCAAUCUCCACUUGAGCAUGAUGAGAAUGAUUCCUCUGUUUCUGAGGAUGGUCCUGGCAUUGAGAAUUUUCAAAUUUGUGGUGAUGCUGUUCCUGGGGAAAAACUUCUUGGAUGUGGAUAUCCAGUCCGUGGAACUUCUCUAUGUAUGUUUCAGUGGGUUCGGCAUCUUCAAGAUGGCACUAGGCAGUACAUUGAAGGAGCCACAAAUCCAGAAUAUGUAGUUACUGCUGACGAUGUUGAUAAAUUGAUAGCGGUUGAGUGUAUUCCAAUGGAUGAUAAAGGCCGUCAGGGGGAGCUAGUGAGACUUUUUGCUAAUGAUCAGAACAAAAUAAAAUGUGACUCAGAAAUGCAACAUGAGAUUGACACAAAUCUUUCUAAAGGAGAAGCAACAUUCAAUGUACUACUUCUGAUGGAUUCUUCUGAUAACUGGGAACAAGCAACAUUAUUCCUGAGACGAUCAGGAUGCCAAAUUAAGAUUAAUGUUACUGAAGAUGUGGUAGUUUCUGAGAAAUUCUCAAAGGACUUGUCGAUUAAAGUUCCAUGUGGUCUCUCAGCACAAUUUGUGUUAACAUGCUCAAAUGGAUCAUCUCAUCCUCUAAGCACAUAUAGUGUCCGAAUGCGAGACACACUUGUGUUAACCAUGCGAAUCUUCCAGAGUAAGGCAUUGGAUGACAAAAGGAAAGGGAGAGCCUAACCUCAGAUCUUACACUUUUGUAUGGAAGAAAAUACAAAAUAGGAAGCAGAUGAAGAAAAAUUUAUAGUCCCAUUUAGUCAUUGGUUUUUUUUUUUUUUUAUGUUAGGUAAACAAUUAUUGGUUUCUUUUAAUUAUAAGAUAUUUGAAACCUCACUUGUUUAUUGUCUGUCCUGUUAAAACAACAAUAGUAGUAUAUAGAAGUUUAAAAAGUGUAACAUUUUUUUUCUACUUGAAAUCACAACGUGACCUUGUAAGCCAGUGAAUGUGGGAGAAAGCUGCAGCUCCAUAUUCAGCCUAGCUUAACUCCUCUCUUUUUCCCCCCCAUGAUUUAUUUGUAAGUACAGAAAUAAAGAUUUGUAAUUUUAAAUUUCUUAAAAUAU